AUGCCUCUGCACCCACCCCUGAAUGAAGAACACCUGAACAUUAGCCCUUCUCUGCUCACAUCACCUUCCCAAGGCCUGAGCCAUUCUCUCCUUCCCGAAGGACAAGAGGCGCUACAAACAUUAUUCAAGGAUGUGUGGAUCACCCCAGAAUCUAUCAUCUUAAAAAGUCCCAGUUUGCCAUGCAGCCUUGCAAAUGACUCAGUAGGCCAUAAGACUUUGAUGAGAGUUAGUAAUGGUGGCUAUCUGUCAUCUGAGAGUGAAGAAGAGAACAAAGGUUCUGAAGAGGAGACCUCGACCCCAGAACAACUCAUUCCUCUGAAAAGAGCAAGACCUCACAGGCACACUGCCCAAAGAGGGCGUGUUAAAACACAACCAAGACCCAAGAAGAAAUGUGUGAAUGGCUUCAUUAUGUUCUGCCGAAUUAACAGGAAAUUGUAUAUCAGAUCUCAUCCUGGCAUAUCCUCCACUACGGUCACCAAAGAGUUAGCACACCUAUGGCGCAUCAUGCCCAAAAUGGAGAGACGUGUUUACACCCUGAAAGCCUGGCUCUUCAGUCGCCAACAGAACCGUAAUGUGCGCGCUGAAUUACACGAGGGAGAAAUAAAUGCAAAAGACUGCAUCUCCAGUCCCCUCUAUAUGUUACUGGCCCAUAGAGACCACGGCAGUCUUACACCUUAUUUAGCCACUGAGAAAAUAUGCUUAAUUCAUGUUAUCUCCAAUUCUGUGAGCAAUAGUCACCAAUGUCCAAGAACAACAAACUAA